AUCAUGUCCGCCAUGUUUUUACACCAUCCGAGAAAAACCCAUGAAAACCAUCAUAUCUCGCUCAGAGAUGCCUUUAACCGCCGGAUUUCGAUUGGAGGGACGUGAGUGAGCGCGGCCGUGGAGAGAACCAUCGGCUUGUCUGUAUUUGUACCGAAUGAUCCGUGUUUAGUGUGUUUGUGAUCGCUGAAAACAAUGAGUAAACUCUCGUUCCGCGCGCGAGCGCUAGACGCCGCCAAACCUCUGCCGAUUUACCGCAAUAAAGACUUGCCGGACCUAACCGACUGCGUCUCCAUCAACCGAGCGGUCCCGCAAAUGCCAACCGGGAUGGAAAAGGAGGAGGAAUCGGAGCAUCAUCUUCAGAGGGCCAUUUCUGCACAGCAGGUCUUCAGGGAAAAGAAGGAGAGCAUGGUGAUCCCUGUGCCAGAGGCAGAGAGUAACAUCACCUAUUACGAUCACCUAUACAAAGGAGAGUUCCGCAUUCCUAAACAGCUCAUCCACAUUCAGCCUCUGGGUCUGGAUUAUGAAUUGCCCGACUAUGAUAUGGACUCGGAGGAUGAGACUUUACUAAAUAGACUCAACCGCAAGAUGGAGCUCAAACCAAUGCAGUUUGAGACCAUGAUGGAUCGGUUGGAGAAAGCCAGCACAAACCAGCUGGUCACUUUUCAGGAGGCUAAGCUGCUACUAAAUGAUGAUGACUAUCUGUUGAAGUCAGUGUAUGAUUACUGGGUGAGGAAGAGGAAGAACUGCAGGGGCCCAUCGCUCAUCCCGCAGAUCAAGCAGGAGAAAAGGGAUAGCUCCACCAACAGUGAUGCUUACGUGGCCUUUAGGCGGCGCACAGAGAAAAUGCAGACCAGAAAGAAUCGGAAGAAUGACGAGGCAUCUUAUGAGAAAAUGCUGAAGCUAAGGAGAGAGUUCAGCCGGACCAUGAGCAUCCUGGAGAUGAUAAAGAAAAGAGAGAAGAGUAAACGAGAGCUGCUGCAUCUGACGCUGGAGGUUGUUGAGAAAAGGUAUCAAAUUGGAGACCUCUCUGGAGAGAUUCUUAAUGAAGUCACUGUUCCUCUGGAGAAAACCAUUUACCCUGCACCGAUAUCCCUACAAAACGGGAGCUGGCACAAGACAGAGGGCAAAAUCAAGUCCCACAAAUCUGGACCCAAAUACCUGCACCCCUUCACAGUCAAGGCUGAGCCGCACUUUGACUUUGUGCGGUCUCAAAAGAAAUACAACAGGAGGCCCAAACUUGAUGUAUUGCGCCAGCCUGGUCGACCAGAGCGGCAGCAGAUCAUCAACAAGGCAGACAUCAAACAAUAUGACUUCCACAGCUCUGGAGAGGAAGAUUACCCGCUGUCUCCAGCAUCAGAGCCGGAUGAAGAAAAUGAUCCAGAUGGAAUCUUUGCCUUUAGACGGAAGGCUGGCUGCAGUUACCAUGCUCCACUGGAGAAGCAGAGCUGCACUCCUCACUGGCAUCAGAUGGGUCAGGAGAAGCUGUGGCAACGGAACUGUCUCACCGCCCUCUCUGUGCCCAGACGCUGUAUAGCAGUGGCUCGUGGGAGGGUGGGAAGAGGUGGCAGGGUUCUUUUAGAUCGCACCUCCUCAGAUCUGGACCGGGCCCUGAGACACCUGGAUCCUGACAUUUUUUAUCCCUCCUCUGGCUCUAGUGUGCCUAUCCGCCUCGUCCAUACAAACACAAACUCUCAAGUCUUCUCCAAAUCAAACCCUCAGUGCUCACUAACUCAGCUCCUGAGUGACAUUCAGGCCUGCAGGUGGAAAUUUUUCCGCCCUCGGCCACAACAGACAAAUGUGAGGGAGGAGGAUGACAAGAAAGGGACUCCGCAGCUGGAAAAAGGUGGAGGGGCUUCUCUCUCUAAAAGUGUGUUAGGUGGGAUCACAAAGGAGCAGUUUAACUCCCAUCAGCAACAGCUGGUUCAGAUGCACAAACAGUUGCAGCAACAAGUACUCCAGCAGAACUCAACAGCACCAGAACCUCUCACACACCCGCCUAACACAGUCUUGUCUGACUGCAUGUCUAAGACUCUUGACUCGGCAAGUGCACACUUUGCUGCCUCUGCUGUAGUUAACUCUCCCAACAAUGAAAACGGGCCCCAGAUUUCUUGUGUCAAUGGCAUCCUUCCCAAUUCAGGAAGCUUUAAACCAGCCAAAUUAAACCGUUCUGCACAGAGUGGAGUUGGUGGUGAUUCAAGCUCUUUAAUAUGGACAUCAAGCAGAUCCAACCCGCAGUCUCUGCCUCAUGGCAAUGGGCACAUGAGCGCAGUGUCUCUGGCCCACACGCACCACAAUGCACGCCCAUGCGCCCCCUCAGCCUUAAAGCUGGCCAGUGUUGCUAGCAGUCUGGACAGGGUACCCAAAGUCACCCCCACCAGUGCCAUCGACAGCAUUGCCAGGGAGAACCACGAACCAGAGAGGCUGGCUCUCAAUGGCUUAUCAGAGACCACAGUGGCCAUGGAGGUCACAUAACCCAAACAUAAACUCACAGACUUGAGUGCUGAGCUAUGCGCUUCAACACUGACAUCUACCCAAAAGCAGCAUAUCAAAAUAUUAAGAUAAACUUGUCAAUAUAAUAAGUGUACAUUUUGUAAAUUGGGAAUUAUCACUACCUUGUAAAAUAGUAUAUUUGUAUUGUUAGUCUGUCAUUUCUGUUAUUUGAAAUUAGAUUUUUUUUUAUCAUCAUGCUUUUGCACUUUGAAAUGCAAGCAAGACAAGUGCAUCAGUUCAUGUUGGAUCAUGAGCAUGAAUAUAGGUCCUGCGUCACUUGUUUUAACUAUUUAUUUUGCAAUGUUUACAUUUUUGUAUCUCGUACAAAUAAAUCAAAUUUUGUGACCGCAAAAUGCAGACAUAGCUAGUAUACCAUGCUUUUGUGCUUUUCUUCUUUAUAGAAAGGAGAAAGCUCAGUUUGAUUUCACAUAUGAAGAAAAUUGUAAUUGCAGAUGUGAUUAUCUUCCCCUCUUGAGAUGUCUGCUUUUUUUCUUUAAUGGUUUAUUUUCUUUCCUUCCUCCUCGUUUCACCAAGAAAAGAAUGUUAUUCUGGAGACCAGCGGCCUCCAUCUGAAUGUACGUGUUCAAAGCAGAAGACGUUCAAUCUGACAACCCUCAAUCUGGUGUAACACUAGACAUUCAAACUAGUUUAUCAAUCAUUAAUUUCCUGCUGUGAAACGAGGCUUAGUCAGGUUUUGAACUGGAAGUAUUCUCAAAGUCUACAGGUCACAAAUACUGUCAACCAUCUUGCUUAUGAAUGCUGAAAUUGAUACAUCUCAGUCCAGUGUCUUCAAAUAAAUUUCCCCAUUUUAAUGAGUAAAUGUAUUGCCACAGCUGCCAAUGUGUGGUGGGCUUGAUUGACUCAUUCAUUUGCGGUUGCCCAUUAUCUCAAAAUGUAACAACUAAUUUUUAGUUUAGACAUCUCAGCCAUACAUGAUGUCCUUAAGGCAAGUAAGGGAGAUAAAUGUGAGGUAUUGACUGAUAAAUACAUUGAAUGAACUACUCAAUAGAUCUGUAAAAGCCAUUUUAUACAGGAUGUGAUGUUAUUUCCCAUCCAUUAUAGAGGGAACCUUUAACUCAUUCUGUGAUGUCAACAUUUAAUGUGAAGCUACCUCAAUCUUUUUUUUUUUUUCAUCAUGCUGUCGGAGGGUCUCUGGUUACAAUGCGGCCAGUCACCGCUGUUUGGGUCGGUUACAUUUUUAGAGAAAUGCACAUCACGCUACUGAUGUUACUAUGUGAGUGUGUCCAUCCUCAAAAUCAAUGUCAAACCUACUAUUAAUUUCUUUAGGGGUAAAGGCAUCUGAAAAGUGAGCUCAGCUGUUUCUUCAGAAUCGGACCACAAUUGUUCAAUUUAUCAGGUAGAAUACACAAAUUGAAAUAAUGCAAAGUUUCUGCACCAGUAUUCACCUAUGGAAGAAACCUAAACAAACUUUAAUGAGUCAUUU